CUUUGGAGUUUAGAGAGCUAAAUUGAAUUAAUUGCCGCUUUAUAAAACCGGCGCGAAUCGACGGAAAAUGGCGGACCAAUCACAGAGUGCUUCCAGUCGGUUCAGCCAGUCCCUGAAAAGAACGGACCGAAAGCGGCACCUCUGGCCAGUGAUGCCAGCCGAGAACGUUUGCCCUGUCUUUCACUUAACUUUAUUUCGUAUUGGGUCAGCACGUUUUUCAACGAGAUACGAACAGGUUAGAGAACCAACGCGAGUUUUCCGGUGUACCUACGUGCUGAGAUACGCUGUGGUGAAUUUUAAUGUUCGGACAGCGGAGUUGAGUGAAAAACAUGGACGCGAGUCCGCAGGACGUUAACGAAAGUGUGUUGAAGUUGGUGAACAGCAUUCACUAUGGAGAAAUCAAGGGCACGUACAACAUCGUGGUGGCCACUAUCUCCAUGUUCAAGGAGAUCAUCAGCAAUACAGAAUGGGGAACAGCAAAGGACUUGAUGGAUAUUGUUAGGCAAAAUGGCAAGUACCUGAUUAAGUCGCUUCCCCUCGAAACGUGCAUCGGAAACAUGGUGAGGAGGAUAUUGCAAAUCAUUAGGGAAGAGUAUACCUCGGAAUCGAAGACCAAGAUGGACGAGACGUGUCCCCAGGAGUCCUUGCACAAAAUUCUCACCGCCGAGAACGACCGGCAGAUAGAUUUCAACAUCUCGAUACCUUUUCUCAAAACGUCCCUCAUCGAGAACAUGAACGAGUUUGAAGUCGAGUUGGAAACCUGCUCGGAAAACAUCACACGACAAGCGUCCGAGCAUAUACACUCGAACGAAAUUAUAAUGACCAUCGGAAAAUCGAAGUUGGUGGAGGAGUUUUUCAAGGAGGCUGCCACUACCAGAGCCUUCGACGUUAUAGUAGCCGAGGGCGGGCCAUUUCUAAGCGGCCAUGAAAUGGCGGUGAACCUGGCCAAGGCGAAGAUCAAGACCACGUUGAUAUCGGACGCGGCGAUCUUCGCGAUGAUGUCCCGCGUCAACAAGGUCAUCAUCGGCACUCACACCGUCAUGGCGAACGGCGGACUCCGGGCGAUCUCGGGCGCGCACACCGUCGCACAAGCAGCCAAGCACUAUUCCGUCCCAGUGAUGGUUCUGCUGCCCCUCUACAAGCUCGCGCCCAUCUACCACUGCUCGGGCAAGCAAAGCGACUUCAAUUGCCACGUUUCACCGAUGCACAGCGUAAUCGAUAGUGCCAACGCACUGCUGCUGGAGCAGAUACACGCUUACAAUCCAGUUUUCGAUUACGUCCCACCAGACCUCGUCACGUUAUUCAUCUCGAACAUUGGUGGAAACGCGCCGUCCUAUGUAUAUAGAUUGCUUAGUGAAUUGUACCAUCCUGACGACUACGAAUUAUAAGUAAUUUAAUGAAUAUAAGUAAUUUAUACGUGAUUUCAUAUGCAUAUGUAAAUACAUUUUGAUUCCCC